AUGUACAAUUAUUGUGCUACUUCUGAAAGUAAGGUGUCGGUUAACAAAAUGUCGCUGAAGCCGAAUUUGAAGAGGAGUUGUUGUAUAAGCGGAAAAGUUUGUUCAAGUUGUAAAUAUUCAAAAGAUUUUUCUCAGAAAAAUGGUUGUAGUCCCACAGAUCAAACCGAAAAAACUUUUAUUGAGGAAAAUUAUCAAAUAGUAAUUAGUUGUCCCAUUCUUAAAUUCUUAAUAUAUUCUAAUGCGUCAAAAUAUAAUGUACUUUCAGAAAAGCUAGAAUACAGAAUCGACAAAAUUUUCAAAUCUUUGGUUCUAUAUUUAAUGUCAAUAGAACAGCAUAUUUUAAAUAAGCUCUUAUUGGAGGUGGUAAAAAAAAUUCAAAUUUUUUUAAAAACAUAUUAA